GGAGAAUACGAUGAGGAGAUGAUGAAGAUGUUAAGGGAGGAACGGAGAAUGAAGACUAACGUGUAUUCCAAUGAGGAUGGGGCUAAGGGGGACGUUUCAUGUCCUAAUGAAGACUCAAACUCUGCAUCUGUGGGUGGUGAAAGCGAAACUCAUGGCAACUCCUCCGUUGAUGAUUCCGAGUUAGGGCGGGGCAAUGCUGAAUGUUUUGAGGCUACGACGUCAAUUGCAGAAGAAGAUUUAGACAAUGUUAAAAAACAGGUGGAGCUUCACGAAAAACCUAGAGAUGAGGAAACAAUAACUUUGGAGCAUUACGAAGAGGAGAUUUUUCUGAAUACAUUAAACAAAUCAUGUCAGCUCAAGAGUGCAAGUGCUAAACACGGCAAGAGGCAGAGAGAUGAUGAUCAUGCAAGCCACGCCAACACCACAACAAAGAACUCUACUCGUGGCCAGCAGAGUGGCAUUCCCCAGCAUGUUACAAGAAGGACAACAAGACAAGCAGCAAAAAAACAACCACCAGUUGAAGCAGCAGCACUUCCCGUUGAAGCAGUAGGCCCAUCAAGAAAAAAGAAAAAGAAUGACAGCAAGCAAGUCAAUCCUAUAAGAAGAAGUGCCAGGCUUAUGAAAGGCCCAACUGGAGGGACAAGUGAUAUCGUGCAUCUAGAUUGAUAGUCACUUGGGGUGUUUGACUGGAUUGUGAG